AUGUCCGAGCCUUCGUUGCACGAAUCCCGAAAGGACGGCGUUGAUCCCGAGUCUGAAAACAAGCAUCCAUGUCCCCAAUCAGCCCAACAAUUCGAAGCCUUGACUGCCAGCCCGCUCUCUACAGCAAAACAAAUUGUACCUGAGAUCCUUGGCAUCCCCAUCGACCUCGGCCGAUGGGAAAUCUUUAGUGUCAGUUGGACAGAAGUUGCUCGGCUCCCAAGUCGUCACGAUGCAACGGAUUUCAGAUUUUCAAGUACCAAGUUGGCAUCAGAUAUGGAUUCUGACGUCGGAGAUUCCAUGCGCCUGACACGAGAUUCAGUAGACUUGAAGCCUUUACAAUUGCUCAAUCGCAUGUCUUACAAGGGUGCUCCGCUGGUGAAUAGAGAUGGCUUCUACAUCAAAAUACCGGACAAAGAGGAUGGCCAGAGCUCGAAGGGCGAACUGGUAUAUCAUCCGGAGCGUCCAUGGGACGAGAUGAAAAUUGAUGUUGACAAUAUGGUAUCGACCGCAUCCCACUUUGAAAUGCUUUCUGAAGCAGAGAGGUUGAGACAAAACCCAUGGUGUGAAGAGCAAGGGGACGAGAGCGAUGAAGAUUGGGCAUCUUGCGAUGAAAGACAACCACAGCAUGAACAACCUGGAGAAGGGAGCGACGAUGCUUGGACUUCAUGCAACGAACGAUAA